AUCAUCGUCAUGCAAAAUGUAAAAGAAGGGAAAGGGAAACUGGCACGUAACCUAGCGGCUCACCGCAGACGAGUUCAAAUACUGAGGAUUUGGAGAAAACAGCCGUGGCAAUUGACGUAGGGAUUUUAACCCCCUUGCAAACGCAGUACUGAGCCGAAUAAGACCCCUGUGCUACUGUGCAGAGAUGGAGCUGAGAAGUGUCUGGUGUGUGGUGAUGACCUGUCUCUUUCAUACAUCUUGUGCUGACAAAGAUUUUUUCACUUCCAUUGGUCAGAUGACAGAUCUGCUGUACACUGAGAAGGACUUGGUGACCUCUCUGAAGGAUUACAUCAGGGCAGAGGAGGGCAAGCUGGAGCAGGUCAAAAAGUGGGCGGAGAGUCUGGAUUUGCUGUCGGCAACAGCCAGUCAGGACCCAGAGGGCUUCCUGGGUCAUCCGGUCAAUGCGUUCAAGCUGAUGAAGAGACUCAACACUGAAUGGGGAGAGCUGGAGAGCCUGGUCCUCAAGGACGUUUCUGAUGGGUUCAUUUCUAACCUGACCAUCCAACGACAGUACUUCCCCAGUGACGAUGAUCAGGUAGGGGCAGCCAAGGCCCUGAUGAGGCUCCAGGACACCUACCGACUAGACACAAACUCCAUCUCCACGGGAGAGCUGCCGGGAACCAGCAGGGAGGUCAUUUUAAACCGAAUGACAGUGGAGGACUGCUUUGAGCUGGGCAAGAUCGCCUACUCUGAUGCCGACUACUACCACACAGAGCUGUGGAUGGAACAGGCCCUGAAACAGCUGGAUGAGGGGGAGCAGUCCACGGUGGACUCGGUCACCAUCCUAGACUACCUGAGCUACUCCAUUUACCAGCAGGGGGAACUAGAGAGGGCCCUGGACUAUACCAAGAGACUGCUGAAACUGGACUCAUCUCACCAGCGAGCCAAUGGCAACCUGAAGUACUUUGAAUACCAGCUGGCCAAGCAGCAGAAGGCCGAGGCAGAGGAGGCCCCGAACGAUAAGGCAAAAAGGGAGAGAGAGAAGAGGGAGGCGUCUGACAAGAAGGGCAUACCUGCAGACUAUCUGCCUGAGAGGAGGAAAUACGAGCAGCUGUGUCGCGGCGAGGGCAUCAAGAUGACGCCGCGGCGCCAGAGUCGUUUGUUCUGCCGUUACUCUGACAACAACGGCCACCCCCUGUACCUGCUCGGUCCCGUCAAGCAGGAGGAUGAGUGGGACCGCCCACGCAUUGUCCGUUACCACGAGUUCCUCUCUGACAGCGAGAUCCAGAAGGUCAAAGAGCUGGCCAAACCCAGGCUAAGGCGCGCCACUGUGCAUGACCCCCAAACAGGGAAACUCACCACGGCCCAUUACAGAGUCUCCAAGAGUGCAUGGCUGGCGGCCUACGAGGACCCGGUGGUGGACAAGAUAAACCAGCGCAUUGAGGAUAUCACAGGCCUGAACGUCAAGACGGCAGAGGAGCUACAGGUGGCAAAUUACGGCGUGGGCGGGCAAUACGAGCCCCACUUUGACUUUGGACGGAAAGACGAGCCGGAUGCGUUUAAAGAGCUGGGCACUGGGAACCGCAUUGCUACCUGGCUCAUUUAUAUGAGUGACGUGUCAUCAGGGGGCGCCACUGUCUUCACGGACGUGGGUGCCGCUGUUUGGCCCAAAAAGGGAACUGCCGUGUUCUGGUAUAACCUGUUUGCCAGUGGGGAGGGUGACUACAGCACACGACAUGCAGCCUGCCCCGUCCUGGUGGGAAACAAGUGGGUAUCUAACAAGUGGAUUCAUGAGCGAGGUCAAGAGUUCAGAAGACGCUGCACCCUAAAAGAGUCCGACUGAUUGGAAGGAAUAGCACAGUUUGGUUGCUCAUCAUCAUGGUCUUACUCAUCCGAUCCUUCCUCCAGAAACCUCCUGACUCGUCUCCGUGGAGACCCGGAGUGUGCCCUCUGACCUCUCCAUCUCCUUUCCUCUCCUCCCUGUCUCCAAACUCAGUGUUCACCCAGCAUUCACUGAGGCUGUGGCUGCUCAUGUGUUUUGUCACAUUUUAUUUUUAUGGCGUGUGUGUGUGUGUGUGUGUGUGUGUG